AUGUGCUCACCAAUUUCGGUGGGUGUUGUACUCAUCUGCGUUACCUUACCGGCACUCGUUGUGAAACUAACGUGCCCGUUCUUCAUUCACCGAGUGCCUUAUGGGAUUCGUCACUUCAUGAUUUGUACUCUACAAGCAACAGCGUUGCUAGUGACUGCGUUCGCAGAGUCCGUUCCGGCUGCAUUGGUCGGAGUUAGCACUGUGGCUGUGGCAGGCGGUUUAGGCGAAAUCACCUAUCUAGGCUUGGCGGGACACUAUUCAAAACAUACGAUCUCCACUUGGUCCUCGGGAACCGGCAUGUCCGGCUUGAUUGGUGCCUUCUCUUAUGCCGGAAUGACCGAUCCUCGUCUACUUGCGCUUACCUUGACUCAGGCCAUGCUAGUUAUGCUUAUCAUGCCAGCCAUAUUUGCGUUCACAUACUAUGUUAUCCUUGUUCGAGCUCCUACACUGCGACAAGUCAGCCCUAUUCGACCAAGUGAAUGUCGAGUAGAGUUGAAGGAGUUGUCAUCGGUAAGCAAUAACGCUAAUGUGAAAGUGCCUGCUCUAAACGGAACCCUGCAGCGGUUGAAAGUUAUUCAGGGCUUACUUCGAUACAUUAUACCUUUGGCUUCGGUGUACGUAACCGAAUUUGUGAUCAAUCAAGGACUGCUUGAACUGAUCAUAUUUGACUGCCAACACAGCUUUGGAACAAGCCCAAGAAGUCAGUACAAAUGGUUUCAGGUGAUGUACCCGAUUGGAGUGUUUGUAUCGCGAUCAUCGAUCAAACUUGUUCAGUUGAACAUGAUUUCCAUUGCAUUUUUGUUGCCCUUGCUUCAAUUUUUCAAUAUGGUUUUUCUGAUAUUCAAUGCCAUUUAUGCCUUCGUGCCACACUUCGGUGUAAUGUGCGCCAUCAUUCUGUACGAGGGUCUCAUCGGUGGCUCAUCAUAUGUAAACACUUUCUAUCAUAUACACAGAAAGGUACGGCUGUUUUCUAAUUUAGUUUAUUUACCUUAA